GUGAGAGUUAUAGGAAGCUGAUACAAUAAGAAAACGUACUAGUCAGCCUUAAAGACAUGGUUCUUCAACGGUGUCUUGCUUGUAAUUUAUUGAUAACUGGAUCAUCAAAAUCAUGCGUGUGUGGUCACGUCUUUGAGGACACGUCUCGUCACAUUGGAGGAAAACGAUAUUCAGAAUACCGAGCCAUGUUGUAUUCUCGACUGGAAUUUAAGAGACAGAAAAGAGAAGCCAGGGAAAGCAAAAAGGCGAAGGCAUAUCAACAGGAACCAUCAAUGAAACACAAGGAACAAAAGGCUGUAACAACGAAAAAAUCCCACUUUAAACCUGCAAGGCGACGAACAAUAAGAAAAAGAAAUUCAGCGAAAGGGAAAAUUGGAAGGACAUCAUCAUCGAUAGUGAAACAACAUCCGGUCAAGAGCACGGAAGUUCCAAAAGAACUGUUGUCAAGAUUUCCUGUUGCUCUCAAAGAAAUAAACCGAAGACUUCUGGGACAAAAUAUGGUAUGGAUAGCAUUGUGCAGUUGAAGAGUCCAAACUGUUUGAGGCACUGGCACGAAAGCGAACUAAAAUUCACGCGAAGGAAAACAGUCUUCAGUGAUGCAAGAAGACCUCCCGAAACCUGCCGUUUGGAACGCGUGGCAAGGAUAUGAAAAUAAAAGCGCUUUGAAAACAGGAAGUCCAAAACUGUAUGACACGAUUCACGUUAUUGGGCAAAGUUAUUAACAGGAAAGGGAACAUCAGAAAUUCCUCUCUGUAACAAAACGUGAAGCUAUUUUGGUUAAAGACUUCUCUUAUCUUUUCAGGGCUAUUUUAGAAUUUGUAAAUUUCCAUUUUUAUAAUAUUGUAUUUCAUCCAAAAAUGGCUUCGUAUAGGUGAAUACCUAAAACCAAUAUGUGCCCAAUAACUCAAGGAUUUCUUUAAAGGUAUAUCACUUCCAGAGACUCUCUGGAAGUGAUAUGCCUUCAUCACAUUUUCGGAAAAUGUGAUAAAGUAAUCAAAUAGAAUUUUGAAGUGUUUUAUCAGUAAAACUAAUAUCAUUCAACAGAGGCCCAUAUCAAAACAUUGUUAUGCAAAAAGUAAUGACGAGAAAGCGAAGUAUCAGUUAAGCAGGAUACCGUUUGAUGCAGCACUCGUAAUCUUUUCUCGAAAGUAAAAUUAUCAGAACUGUCUUACAGACAAAAACGAGAAUAGAUCCGUAGAUUUGGGGAGUGAAAGAGUCAACUUAUAUUUCUGUUCACUCUUUUAUAGCCGAUCUUUUCAUUCUCUAUCCACAUUGGUUUCCGAUAAAAUUGAAGCUGAAUUGACUUCGUGAAUUUAAUAUGUGUGUGUUGUUUUUUUAUUCUGGUUUUUUUUUUUCGUAAAUGACGAGUUGGUAUCAAUAUCACCAUAAUUGCUUAUGGUUUCGUGCUGGGUUAUUCCCCAGAGAAAGUGGAAAAUGAAAUGUGUUAUUGUUAAAAUCUGACUGGAUUCCAACUAUUUCGCAAUAUCGCAAGACCAUAACCACAACUAACUCUUUUACGCAAACUUGGUCAUCUUUACAAGUUAUUUAUUGGAAAAACAGCGUAACAAAUAUACGAGAAAAGCAACACUAGAUUGAGAUAUAUAUAUAUCUUAAGUAUUAUUAUACUGUACGUAAAUUUCUAGAUUAGUUUGUAACUUUUAUUUGUCAAUGAACCUCAUUUUAUUGACUUGAACUGAAUUCAAAUACCAUAGGUUGAUUUUACAAAUUAUUUUGUUUAUUAUUUCACAUUUUAUUAGUUAAUUGUAGGUCCACAUCAGCCUCAUGGCUGGCUGCCACUUUUGUAACCUGCAUCACUAAAUAAAAUGAUUGAUUGAUUGAUUGA